AUCGUCUUCCUCUGUCCCCGACAAAGUACAGUUUCAUUUGGCGUCUCUCUCUCUCUUGCAGCAUCGAGGACAUCGCCUGGUCGUCGCACGAGGAUGUCGUCGGUGCCGUUCGAGUACGAGGUGAGCCACAGCAGGGUGAGGACGAACGGGAUAUGGAUGCACGUGGCGGAGAAGGGGGAGGGCCCCCACCUGGUGCUCCUCCUCCACGGCUUCCCGGAGACGUGGUACGCCUGGCGCCACCAGAUGGCCUCCCUCGCCGCCGCCGGCUUCCGCGCCGUCGCCCCCGACCUCCGUGGCUACGGCGACUCCGACUCCCCUCUCAGCCCCGCCGCCUACACCAUCCCCCACCUCGUCGGCGACCUCGUCGGCCUCCUCGACCACCUCGGUCAUCGCCAGGCAUUUGUGGUGGGACAUGACUGGGGAGCAGUUGCAGGAUGGUUCCUGAGCUUGUUCAGGCCUGAUUUGGUGAAGGGCCUGGUUGCUCUCUCUUCUCCGUAUUCCCCCAGAUCUCCAGGAAUCAGAAUUCUUGAUUCGUACAAGCCGCUCGGAGAUGGUUUCUUCAUCACUCAAUUUCAGAAGCCGGGAAGAGCGGAGCGGGCGUUUGCGAGAUAUGACUAUUUGACGGUGAUGAAGAAGCUGCUCUUGCACAACAAAAAGGAGAUACUAAUUGCUCCUCCUGGAAUGGAGAUCAUUGACUUCGUGGAAACUCCGGCCACAUUGCCCUCCUGGAUUACCGAAGAAGAUUUGCAGGUCUACGCUGACAAGUUUCAGGAGUCGGGUUUCACUGGCCCUCUCAACUACUACCGAGCUAUGGACUUGAAUUGGGAGCUUCUUGGGCCGUGGGAUGGGGCAAAAAUCACAGUGCCUACCAAGUUCAUAGUCGGCAACAAGGAGCAUGGUUUCGAGUCGGCUGGUGCCAAUGAGUACAUUAAAGGAAAGAUAUUCAAAGACCUCGUUCCCAAUCUUGAAGUCGUCAUUCUAGAUGGGCACCGUUUCAUCCACGAGGAGAGAGCGCAACAAGUUUGCGAUGAAAUUCUCAGCUUCUUUCAUAAACUUUCUGUUGAAUAGCAGCUUUGAUUGGUCUUGAUCAUACUGCAGAAAGUUUCUCAAUGUGCCAUUACCUCCCCCACUUUCUCUCCACUGUGCAGUGUACUCGCCAAUGUCAGUUAAACAAAAGAAUGAGAUUGUUUUCAUUGUCA